CCACCGACGCCAUAAGGUCUGCGAAUUUCACUCCAAAGCCUCCACCGUCGUCACCGCCGGUUUGACUCAGAGGUUCUGUCAGCAAUGCAGCAGGUUUCAUGUGCUGACGGAGUUUGACAACGGAAAACGGAGUUGCCGGAAAAGAUUGGCGGAUCACAACCGUCGACGGCGGAAGACGACUCAGCAAUCCAAUCAAGGAAGCCCCAAUUCGCAGCCUUUUGAAACUACUUCUCCAACUGAUGCUGCUGCAAGGUCAACGGUGGACUCGACAAGUCAAUCAUCGUGGUCGGUAACGAUGGCAAUGUCUCCACCACAAAUGUCACUGGACCGCCUUAACCAACGAUCAUAUUAGGCAACGACUUCAUUAGUUUCAAACUUUCUAUCAUUCUCAAGGUUUUGGAUGACUAUGACGAACACGUAAGAGAAAGAGUAGGAAUAACAAAGAGAAUAAUGAUUUGGGUUGGUCGUAGCUAGCUAUUAACCUUCUAUAAUUUAGUUUUUAACAACAUUCUCAGCUUUGUAAUAUGAAUUGUGGAUUUAGUAGUAGUAUUUCAUUGGUUCCAA